AUGACGUUCGAGGUGCACAUCGCCGAGCAAGCCGACGCGCCGAAGCUUACCGAGGUGUUCUGUGCCGCCUUCUCCGAUCCCUUCAAUCGGACCAUGUUUCCAGACACGCCAGGGGUGCGCACCUGGCUGGAACAUAAUCUUUUCAGUGGCAUGGAUGCGCCGGCAGACCAGGUCAUGCUCAAGGUGGCGGACUCGUCCGUUCCUGGCACGGUGGUGGCGUUCGCGAAAUGGAGACGGCUCUCGUCAGGGUCGAGCGCCGAUCACGAUCGGCAGCCUGAGGUUCCUGCCGCGCGAUGGCCCGAGGAAAGCGACGCGGAGCUUUGCGACCGGUUCUUCGGGACGAUGGAUGGCCAUCACAGGGAAUUUAUGGAGGGCAGACCUCAUUAUUAUCUCGAAAUCUUGGCUGUCCAUUCAUCGUACCAAGGACGUGGGUUGGCGUCCAAACUAUUGCGAUGGGGUCUUGCGCGCGCUGAUGAGGAAGCCGUCGAAGUAUAUCUCUCCAGCUCCCCUGAUGGGAGGCCCCUGUAUCAGAAAUAUGGCUUCCAGGCCGUGGGAGGAUCUUUCUCCCCUUUCCCCGGCUACGAGCAAGUAAAUAUGAUUCGCCCUGUUCGAAAAGAACAAGCAUAG